GUUGAGUAAGGCUAUGACACAACACAGCUUGCAGGCCUGGCUUACAAAAACUGGCGUAUUUACUUUAUCUACUGAGCACACGUAAGAAUCUACAGCAAGUAUAAGUUUUAUCUUCUCUUUGAAGGAAUAAAAAAAGGCCAUGGAGGAACGGAGGAAAUCAAAAGGAAGAAAGCUUGGUUCUUCUAGAAGACUUAAGAAUCAGAAAAAUGACGAGGAGGAGAUAAAAACUGAGAUGAAGACUGAAGAAGAUGCUUUUUUUGAUGAGAUGAUGGAAAAAAUCAAAAGUGUCUUGUCUGAAGAAGGGGAACAUAGCACACAGUUUAUAUCACGCAAUGAUAUGGAGAAAGUGAGCACUAUUGUUUUUAGCAGUGCUGAAGAAUUAGAACUGCUCUUUGAUGAUCUUAAUUCUGAGGGAAGUGGUUACCUAACUUAUGAAGAGUUCACCACAGGAUUAAGAACUUUUAUACACGCUGAUAAAAGUCCAUGGAGUCAAAAGCGAAAAAGAAAAUCUACAAAAAGGAUAACAGAGUUUAGCACACUACCUACUUUAGAAGAAGCUGAUGAUGAAGAAAGGAAACAAUUUAUGACUUUCAUGGAACAUCUCGGAGCAAAUAACAUUUUUGAGGCUGAGACUGAUAUUUGGAAACUCUGGACUAAACUUGGUCAUGAUGAGCCUUAUUUACUUGAAAACCUUGAGGAAUUUUUGGCUAAAGUAACAAGUCAAAUUAAAGAAGCCAGACAAGAAAAAGAGACUUUGGAGAUGGUAUUAAAAAAGCGAAUAUCUGAACAUAAUGAAGAAGUACAACACUUAUAUGAGGAGAUGGAGCAGCAGAUGAAUGAAGAAACAAAGAGAUUGCGUAAUGAGAGUGAUACAAGAAAAAACAUUCAUAACAAAGAAAUGAAGGAGGUGAUGGACAUUAAAAACAGAGAAGUACAACAAUUGGUUGCUGUUCAAGAAGAGCUGGAGAGACAACUUCAUAAUCUAAGAAGCACACAACUAGCAACAAAAACUGAAAACGAGAAAUUAAAACAAACCAAUCAGGAUCUAGAGCAGCAUCUGGAGAAAAUUCGAGAUCAGUUAUCUGAGGCACAGGGUUGUAUCAGUGAAAUGAGGCAAAAAGUGAAUCAGAGUGAUAAUGAGCAUUGUGAAAAAGAGGAGAAGAACGAUAUUGAUGAGCUUAUAUUAAUUCCAAGUUCACAGUACUACAAGAUUUUUUUUCAGGAACUGCCUCACAACAAUAAAAGUAAAGAGGCGGAAGACAACACUAUUGAAGAAGUCACUGAUACACAAGUGCAUGACCAAGGACCAGAGGAAAAUGUAACUGAAAAUCCCCUCAAAUUGCCUGAUACAUUUCCAAGCCUAAGAAAAAGAGUCAUUUCAAUAGAAGAAGACCCUAUCCCAGAGUGUUUAAACAAAGAACACAAAUCUUUUGAGAAGGACAUUCAGGAUAUCCAAGAGGAACCAAACAUCCCGCUUCAUGAACACAAUAUGCAGCUCAUGCCACAAGAGAUUUCUGUGGAGGCCGAAAAAAUGUUUCUUUCAGGGCAGAAUCAAGAUUCAUCAUCUUAUAAGGCAGCAACUAAAUCUAAGGAUCCUUUGGAAGAAUCAUAUUUAAGAGCUAUUCAUGAAAAGUAUAAUAUUCCUGAGGGCCAACCUCGGUGGUUGUCACUUUCUGACACUCAACAUAAACCAGCACCAAGUAGUAGAUUAAUACAAAAUAAUGAGACACUAGGUCAUAAGAUGUUGCUGACAGAAGUCUCUAAAGUAGACAGCAUUACAUCUUACAAUAUAUUACCCAGCAGCCCUCUCAACAAGGAAGAUAUAAAAACUGCAAGUGACCUAGAAAUAUGUAAGCAACAAGUAUCUGAUUUUGAAAAAACUAAUAAAAUGAUUACAAAUAUUGAAAAGCCAAUUCACCACAAUGAUUCUGUCAAGGAGACUGAUACAGAAAAAGAGAAAACAGUACAAAAUAGAAUUAUUAAUAAAAAAUCUGAUGUAGCUAAGGAAAAUGUUCAGAUAUUAAAGGACGUUAAAAAUGAGGACUAUUUUCAUGACAUAAGCAGGAAACCAGAUCAUGUUUAUAAGAUACUGUUUGUUGGAAACUCAAAUGUUGGGAAAACGUCGUUCUUACAUAGACUACAUGAAGGUUCAUAUCUCAGAGACACCUCUGCAACUGUAGGGGUGGACUAUCGUAUCAAAACCUUAAUUGUGGACAACAAGUGUUUUGCUCUCCAGCUUUGGGACACAGCUGGCCAAGAAAGGUUCCACUGCAUUACAGAACAGUUUUUCAGAAAAGCAGACGGUGUUGUGGUUAUGUAUGAUGUCACCUCUCAAGACACGUUCACAGCUGUGCGCUACUGGCUGAACUGUAUCAGGGAAAAAGCAUAUCAAGAUGUUGCAAUUCUUCUUAUUGGCAACAAAAUAGACUGUGACUCUAAACGAAUGGUAUCAACUGAAGAUGGAGAAAAGUUGUCUCAAGAAUAUAAACUAUUGUACAAAGAAUGCAGUGCAGUAUCCGGCACUAACAUGGUAGAAUCACUCUGCGAAUUAGUCAGGUGCCUCAAGAAAAAUGAAGAGGAUAUGAAAAAUAAUGUGUUAACUUUAAAAACACCGCCUGAGAAGAAAAAAAGCUGCUGUUUUUAAAGGAGGGUUGACAUAUGUGAAACUUUGUGGGUUAUAGCAGGAUGUAUAGGCUCAAUUCUGUCUUGUGCUUUGGUAUCGACUUUUUGUGAAGAAAUAUGACGCAUGAAGUGUAAACUGGUACAUGGUGCAUUCAGAUCUUUAAGCACUUAUAAUAAGUAAUGAAUUGGUGCUUUUAUCCUUAGUACCUCAUUUACAUCAAUCUCCCCAAUCACACACUUAAAGGGACAUAUAUGUUUUUGAUUAUUUUUUUUCACUGCAUCAGAAAGUGGGCAUUUUGAAAUUGUUGUUUUUUUUUUUUUAGAAGAAACGUUGCUGUACUAAUAGAAAACUAUUUUUUUAUACUGAGACUUGCAAGGCAUCAGUCCUUAAGGCACAGUUGUGCACAGAUAUCUACUGUUAUUUUCAAAAUAAAGCUUUAUUUACAUACAAAAAAAAUGUAAAACCUGUUCAAAAAGGUGUCUUUUAUAUGCAUGAUAAAAAAAUAAGUUUUCUUACCA